AUGGUCGGCGUCAUAGAAAUUGCCCAAGUGAACCUGCAUCAUGCGGCGGCAGCCUCGGCUGUCAUUGCAAGCAGGUUCACUGCGGAGAAACUGGGCGCACUGCUGAUCCAAGAGCCUUGGAUAUAUAAGGGAGAGAUAAAGGGCCUCAAGACGGAGGCAAAUAAGGUAAUCUGGGACCUCUCUAGUGAGAGGCCUAGGACGUGUAUAGUUGUCAGAAGCAAUAUUGAUUUCGUUUGCAUUUCAGAGUUUCUGACACAGGACUUGGUGGCGGUACAGGCCAGGGAUACUGAAGGCAAAGACUUCGUCCUGGCCUCAGCAUACUUUCCGGGAGAGACAGCAACGGCGCCCCCGGAGGCGGUGGAAAGGCUGGUAGAGCACUGCAAACGGCACAAGCUCCCCCUCGUCAUCGGCUGCGAUGCUAACGCUCACCACACAGAAUGGGGCAGCACUGACUGCAACGCGAGAGGUGAGCACUUUGCAUCCGAAACUUUUGAAAGUGGCUACAAAAUAACUAUUCGUUUAACCAUAAAAGAGGUUGACACAACCGAUUUCGGUUCUUACCGUUGUGUGGCAAAGAAUUCUCUUGGUGAUACGGAUGGCAUAAUUAAACUCUAUC